AUGAUCGGAGUGGCCGAGGCCAUGAGUCUUGGUUCCAAGAUGGGAAUGGACGCGAAGGCCAUGAAGAUUAUGAUCGUUGUCUUUGACUAGCUUAUGGGGUGUAUGUAGGUGUCGUGAGAAUGGGAGCAAGCCAGGCGUUGUGUAUACGCGCACUGGUAGCGUUCACGUCACGCGGCGAGUGAGCGCUCCCAGUCUCUGCCGAUGGCGGCACGCGCGCACCAGCUUUACUCCCAGCUAUGCAACGAAGGGUGGGUGGUCUCCUCGAACAACACGUGUUGGACGUGUGUCAAGCCACUUUCAACUUUCAACGGGCGCUUGUGCUUUGAAAUAGACUAGAACCAACGUCAAGUAAACGGGGGCCAUGCGUACCACAACACUUCUUCUGCUGAUCAAGUGCAAAACGGCCUACUUCGAAAUCUGCUUUCUUUUCCGGUACCAACACACAACCCAAAUAGUUUAAGGGUUUUAGGCAUGGACAAAUUGCCGUGGACCCUCGAUUCAGAUUUUGUUGUUCUACCGAGUGUCCACUCUACGCAUUCUUGGUUGUCGUCUCCGCCACGCACAGAGCACAUGGCAGCCGUGGAGCUGUUGGCCGCCAGUUUACUGCUCGCGACUGUUGCCGUGCGUGUUGGCAGGAACGCCCACAAAGAUUUUUCAAGCAUCUACGAGCUCGUUGCCAAGUGACCACGGACGACCGAGGAGGCGCAUCACAUUGGAGGGCGGGGAACAAGCUUUCUCACGCAUGACACGGAUAGAACAGCCAGAUGUGGACAUCUUCAGCGACUGACACUUGCGGCAACAAUAUGGAGAGCGGCUCAGAUGUCUGUUGUCACCUUUUACCCGCGGGUACCUGAGGACGUAGCUCAGAGUAACCACCCCACCCGAUGAUACUGA